CCACUAGGGGUCUCUGCGCUCAGAAGAAAUAUGAGUGCAAAAAAAGUUUUUCUCCCUUUCUAUAUGCAAAUAAGGGGAAAGAGUUGGACUAAUACACAAAUAUAGGGGAAGUGAAUAUGAUAUAGGGGUUUUCAGAGUAAUAAACAAAUGAUGUGAUGAUGAAUGAGGGAUGAGAGCAGAUAUAAUGAUCACACUGUUUAAAGCUGCAGACAGAAACAUCAGACUCAGGACAGAAACACACGACCUCUAAAAAAUGGAGAAAACUCUAUAUUUCAUUCUUCUUCUCAUUGCUCUCUGCUCCGUAUCUGAAUGUGUUCAGCGUCAGUAUCACUUUAUAAACGUGAUGAAGAACUGGACUGAAGCUCAGAGAUACUGCAGAGAGAAUUACACAGAUCUGGCCACCGUUGACAACAUGAACGACAUGAUCGAGCUGAACAAGAGUGUGAAUGAUGGACAUGCCUGGAUUGGGCUGCAGAAGACGGGUGUUGAUAAAUGGCAGUGGUCUUCAGGUGAUCCUGCGCUCUAUCUGAACUGGGCUCCUGGACAACCUGAUGGCAGAGAUGAUUGUGUUAUGAUGAGAAAUGGACAAUGGCAUGAUGGGUCAUGUAGUAACAGCCUGACUUUCAUCUGCAGUUCAUCUAACAACAUGAACACAGGACUCGUCUUUGUCAAUCAGAUGAAGAAUUGGAGAGACGCUCAGAGUUACUGCAGACAGAAUCACAUUGAUCUGGUCAGUGUGAGGAACCAGAAUGAGAGUCAACAGCUUCAGAAGAUCAUCAGUGAUAAUCUCAUAUCUGGUGAUGUCUGGAUCGGUCUGUUCAGAGACUCAUGGCAGUGGUCAGAUCAGAGUAACUCCUCAUUCAGAUACUGGAAUACUGGUGAACCUAAUAAUGCUGGAAAUGAAAACUGUGUAGAGAUUUAUCCGAACGCUCAGGGACAAUGGAAUGACGCCCCUUGCAGCGAACAACAUCCUUUUAUGUGUCAUGAAGAUAAACUGAUUCUGAUCAAAGAGAAUCUGACGUGGUCUGAAGCUCUGAGAUACUGCAGACAGAAUCAUGUGGAUCUGGUCUCGGUUCAUUCAGAAGAGAUGCAGCGUGAGGUGAUGAAUGUGGUUAAACGGGCGUCUACUGAGGCGGUGUGGUUGGGUUUACACAACUACUGCAUCAUGAACAUGUGGCUCUGGUUGAGCGGAGAGAUCGUGUGCUAUCAGAACUGGGCUCCAGGGAACGGAACGACACCGGAAGACUGCCGCCUCGAGAAGAGAAAAGGAGCAGUUCAGUCUGGAGGAGAUCAGCGCUGGAUCAGCCUUCCUGAAACUCACAAACUCAACUUCAUCUGCAGAAAUGAUGAGUGAAAAGACACACGUUUGUGUGUUUACUUACAUUCACUGUUUUCAUUCUUUAUUAGUUUUCUUAUUUACUUUCAUAUGUUUGAUUUGUUCUCUGGUAAUCUCUGAGUGAAUCUACUAAUUGUUUUUUAAAAGUCUCUGUUUUAUUUCUGUAAGUUAAUUAUCAUGACAUAAUGUGAUCGUAUCAAAGUUUUCAAAUACACUGACCGACCAAAAAAAAAACUCGGUCACUGUUUGGAUUUUAAUAGGCAAAUACUUAAGAAUCUAUGGAUGGAUCAUUAUUACAGUGCUCAUUAUGUUUCUAGCAUGUUAUAUGUUUGGCAACAAUUCUUUUAACCCUUAAAGAUGGAGUGUGUAACUUUUAAUUUCUUACACAACCAUAUAGGUAGACACAUCAUGGCCAUAUUCCAGGAAGACAAUGUCAAGAUUUAUUUAUUUAGAAUAUGGCCAUGAUGUGUCUUCCUACAUGGUAAUAAUAAUUUAACAAUAACUUUUGUUUUUUUUUAAUAAUAAAAAAAAAAUUAAAAAUAAUUUCUGCAAUAUAGUGUAGUGAACAGCAGACAUGAUGGUACCAGAGCUUCACAACAGACAUCCCUUUGUCCCACUUUGAUUAAUACAAAAGAGUGUGAUAGCACCCUCAACGACAACUAAAUGACUAUUGUAAUCAGGACUGCCAAAGGUGGAGGACAGGAAAGAUGACAUUAACGGCCCAUUGAUGAUAGGCUAAUCUCAUCACAAGUUGCCUUUGUUCACCUCAGACCGUAUAUGCCUGAGAUCAAGGUGUGAACGUCAUGGACUCUCAGGGCCACCAAACCAGUUCUGGCUAGAGCACAGCAAGAACAAAGAAAGGCCUCAAGAGAAAGACCAUUUCUAAACAUAUUGGCUCGAAACCACAAAAAUGGACAGGAAUAAUGAAGGAACAUGUCCUAUACGUCUUUUUACUCAUGAAGUGGAAACCACAGUGGAAACCACACCUGAGUUGCAUAACUCAAGUACCUCCAACCUACAGAAGGUCCUGCGGAUCGACCACCAUCUGACCUACAGUUCUCUGGAUUACACAAAGACCUCCAGCACUUGGAAAGCAAUCCAGUCUCUCCCACUGCACACGGAAGGAUACCAGUGGACAACGUUUCCCAUUCCCGGACUGAUCACCCGACCAAGCGAAACGUAAAUAUAAGCUAACCAAGGCCUUGGCAUUAGGUUGUUGCUAAAUGAGAUUGCUAUUUGUGUAGAGACUGUUUAUCUAGUGUCAGCGUAUACAGACAUACAUCAGACACAUUAUCUGUAUUCAUAGUAAAUGCUUAUUUACUAUUUCAUCCAAGCAUCCAGAAAGACCACAAUUGACUCCCCCAUAGAUUGCUCAUUCAUUCAUUUUGUUAACAUCCAUUUGUGUAGUAGUUCGUAGUUUCUGUUUGAUUAUUGAUUGAAUUUUCUUAGUAGUUUAGUCAUUUUCCUUAGUAGUAUUUAGUGAGUGUGAUAUUUUACUCUUGUAUAUCUUUUUGUUAAUAAAUUAAUUUUAUUGC